GGCCGGGCACGGUGGCUCACGCCUGUAAUCCCAGCACUUUGGGAGGCCAAGGCAGGCAGAUCACGAGGUCAGGAGAUGGAGACCAUCCUGACCAACAUCUCUACUAAAAUGCAAAAAAUUAGCCAGGCGUGGUGGCGCGCACCUGUAGUCCCAACUACUCGGGAGGCUGAGGCAGGGGAAUCACUCGAACUCGGGAAGCGGCAGUUGCAGUAAGCCGAGAUCGUGCCAUUGCACUCCAGCCUGGCAACAAAGCGAGGCUCUGUCUCAAAAAAAAAAAAAAAAAAUGAGCCAGGGUCCCAGGCCACACGGAAGCUUCUUGAGACCCCUCCUCCUCUGUGCACGGACAAGUGGCUGACUCUGGAGCCCAGGCUGUUGCUUCCCGGUCUGGUGAUGAAUUCAACAUAGUCUGGUGUCAGAGCCAGAGGAGAAGAGUGGACAACCCAACUGCCCACGACAGGUCCCUAGAAGUACAGGUCAAGCCUAUGCUGGGGAGAGGCAAACAGUUUCCUGGUACAUAGCUGCUAAAACCCUUGGAAUUUCUGAAGUGAUGAACUGGUCUCUGUUCAAAUCCUGAGUGCUAAAGCUUCCAACAAGACUGAUGCUAGCUCGUGUCACCAUGAAGAUGCUACAUCAUGCCAAGUGUUUUCAGCGCCUAGCAAUUUUUGGUUCUGUGAGGGCACUGCAUAAAGAUAAUAGAACAGCAACCCCUCAGAAUUUCUCCAACUAUGAAUCCAUGAAACAGGACUUCAAACUGGGGAUUCCAGAGUAUUUCAACUUUGCUGAAGAUGUCCUGGACCAAUGGACUGAUAAGGAAAAGGCUGGAAAGAAACCUUCAAAUCCAGCCUUCUGGUGGAUCAACAGAAAUGGAGAAGAGAUGCGAUGGAGUUUUGAGGAACUGGGAUCUCUGUCCAGAAAAUUUGCCAAUAUACUUUCAGAAGUCUGUUCCCUACAAAGAGGAGAUCGGGUAAUUCUGAUUCUGCCCAGGGUCCCAGAGUGGUGGCUUGCAAAUGUGGCCUGUCUGCGAACAGGGACAGUUUUAAUUCCAGGAACCACUCAGCUGACCCAGAAAGACAUUCUCUACAGACUACAAUCUUCAAAAGCAAACUGCAUUAUCACCAAUGAUGUUUUAGCCCCAGCAGUAGACGCUGUUGCAUCCAAAUGUGAAAAUCUGCAUUCCAAGCUGAUUGUAUCAGAGAACUCCAGAGAGGGGUGGGGGAACCUCAAGGAGUUGAUGAAACAUGCCAGUGACAGCCACACCUGUGUGAAGACAAAACACAAUGAGAUCAUGGCCAUAUUCUUUACCAGUGGAACAAGUGGAUAUCCGAAAAUGACUGCACACACCCACAGCAGUUUUGGUUUAGGAUUAUCUGUAAAUGGAAGGUUCUGGCUAGAUUUGACACCCUCAGAUGUGAUGUGGAAUACCUCAGAUACGGGCUGGGCAAAGUCUGCAUGGAGCAGUGUUUUUUCUCCGUGGAUCCAGGGAGCAUGUGUAUUCACACACCAUUUACCCCGUUUUGAGCCGACUUCUAUCUUGCAAACACUCUCCAAGUACCCCAUCACAGUCUUCUGUUCAGCACCAACUGUAUACCGAAUGCUUGUACAGAAUGAUAUGACCAGCUAUAAGUUUAAAAGCUUAAAGCACUGUGUGAGUGCUGGGGAACCAAUCACCCCUGACGUGACUGAAAAAUGGAGAAACAAGACGGGCCUGGAUAUCUACGAAGGAUAUGGACAGACUGAAACGGUGCUAAUCUGUGGAAAUUUUAAGGGAAUGAAAAUUAAACCUGGCUCAAUGGGAAAACCUUCUCCUGCUUUCAAUGUUAAGAUUGUAGAUGUAAAUGGCAAUGUUCUACCUCCUGGACAAGAAGGAGAUAUUGGCAUUCAAGUUCUACCCAACCGACCAUUUGGCCUUUUUACUCAUUACGUAGAUAAUCCUUCAAAAACAGCUUCAACUCUACGAGGCAAUUUCUAUAUCACUGGGGACAGAGGAUAUAUGGAUAAAGAUGGGUAUUUCUGGUUUGUUGCAAGAGCAGAUGAUGUCAUAUUAUCCUCUGGUUAUCGAAUUGGACCAUUUGAGGUAGAAAAUGCCCUGAAUGAACACCCUUCAGUUGCAGAGUCAGCUGUUGUCAGCAGCCCAGACCCCAUCAGAGGAGAGGUAGUAAAGGCUUUUGUCGUUCUAAAUCCUGAUUACAAGUCACAUGAUCAAGAACAACUAAUAAAGGAGAUUCAGGAGCAUGUUAAAAAAACUACAGCACCUUACAAAUAUCCCAGAAAGGUAGGCAUCCUAAUUAUAACGAAUAUUUGCUCAGUGUUGUGGACAAUUUCAACUGUUUAUUUUUACAUUUUAAUGAAUAUUUUCUUCACACAUGCUGCACCACAUGUCCCAAACUGAACUGAUGACAUAUGGGUAAGAAUCAGACUCUUUGAGAUUAAAAUGAAACCCUGAACCUAUUUUGUUUGGUCCUUUGGCUUACUGGACUCACAGUAAAUACUUAAUAUCAAGACAAGUUUCCUAACAAUACCCUUUUCCCUAUUUUGGCUGUUACCCAAAACCCAUUCCAAAGACUAUUCUAAUUCUUCCACCUAGAAUUCAUAAUCAAACUGCUAUAUAAUUGGCUUUAUGUAAAGAUAAAAAUUUCCAGGCUAAUUUUCUUCCCCUUGAUGCCAACAGGUAGAAUUUAUUCAAGAGCUGCCAAAGACUAUCAGUGGGAAGACAAAAAGAAAUGAACUGAGGAAGAAAGAAUGGAAGACAAUUUAAAGUUGUUUCAUUAAUUACCAUAUCUAUAAAACAAACAUAGUAUCUGUCAAUCUCUAGAAACCACAAGAUGAUGGAGAGGUCAUAAAAACUGUGGUAGUAUGCUUAGAAACUGUUGAUUUAAAAUAUCUUGUGGUUAUGAUAUCAGAGGCUAAAUUUUGAAAUAAAAUAUUUGGCAAAUUCCUCCACAUUAGUGUCAAUGUUCCUAUCAUUUCUUAAUAUAAAAAUAAUACCAUCAAUUGCUGAUUAAUUUUUAAAUGUAUAGUAUAGAAGCAGUUUCUGAACCAGAUCUCUGCUACAUAGGUUUUCAAACUUUAGUUGACUAAUUCUUCUGAUAUGUUGAUAUACAAAUCAGAACCAAUGUUCAAGCCAUGAAAUAAAACUAAAGAACUUAUAAAAGUUUUUAGAAAAAUAUAAAAUAUCAGUUAGAAGAUUAUGAUAAUCUCAAAGUACAAGAAUCUACCUGAAAAUAGACUAGGGAUUUUUAUUAGUCACAUUUUUUGCAAAUAAUUUAAAAAUAGUUUAGACUUGUUUCAAGGUCUAACUAUAAAAGAAGGAUCAUAUACUAUUGUUGCUUAUUAUAUGUAAUCUAAUAAAUACUGUUUACAAAAGA